UUUCCUAUAUGUCAUCAUCGACUAUAAAUACGUGAUCUUGCACUAUAUUCUUCUCACAUCUCUCGAUUUUAUUUUCUUCUUAAGUUCUUCUCGGAGUUGAGUUGGAGAGAUUCGAUGAAAAUGGUUGGAGGAAAAUUCUUGCCGUUCUUGGCUAUGGUUAGUGUGCAAUUGGGGUAUGCCGGGAUGAAUAUCAUAUCAAAGCUAGCCAUGGAUUCAGGCAUGAACCCUUUUGUCCAUGUUGCUUAUCGACAAAUAUUUCCCUCUAUAUGCCUCGCCCCUUUCGCUUAUUUCUUGGAGAGGACAACAAGACCUAAAAUGACAUUAUCAAUCUUUUUCCAAAUAUUCCUAUGUUCCAUAUUUGGAGUCUGUCAGCAAUAUGGGGCUCCAUACUCGAGCACCACGAUAAUGUGCUUAAUGGCAAGUGUUCAAUGUGUGAUUGUGGCAUUUGGUUUCGACCACAACUUAGCAGCUUGGUCAUUAAGCCAACCCAUUAGGGUUGUUUCGGUCAUCUACUCGGGAAUAAUAUGCUCAGCAAUGGCAUUUUGCCUAAUGACAUGGUGCAUUACAAAGAGAGGUCCUCUAUAUGUCUCAGUGUUUAGCCCUUUGCUGCUUGUUAUUGUGGCCAUUCUGAGUUGGGUUUUACUCGAAGAAAAAUUAUACAUUGGAACUUUUGUAGGAUCAGUAUUGAUUGUUGUAGGACUUUAUGGUGUAUUAUGGGGGAAGAAUAGAGAAAUCGAGGUCAUUGUUCAUAACAUUGAGGAUCAAGAUGAAGGAGUUACAGCGAGAAAUGGGGAAAUUACAGCACAAAAUGGCAUGGAAAUUACAGUUAUUUGAGAACCCAAUUAUCAACCUUAUAUGAUCAGCCUAGAGAUAAAUCGAGGGGAAAAAAACUUGGUCGUUGUACGAAGGUGCACUCGAUAUAUCAAACUGUGUAUUGCGAAAAGUUAGUCGAGUGAACAUGGAUUCACACGACAUAUCCUAUGUACGAGAAAUCUCUCCUCGGAUUUUCCCUUUUCGUGUAACGUUAUGAAUUGUUAUUUUAUUAUAAAUAUCAAAGUUAAAGUGAUGGAUGGUAAUGUAAAGGCGCAUAGAGAAAAUUUUGUGAGCAGUUAAGUCGUCCAAAUACAAGGUUGAUGCAAAAGCAGGACUAUUUCAACAUGUUUGAAUGAAUAAA